CGGCAAACUCAGAAACAAGAAAUGGAUAAGAACUCUACAAACUCCCAACCUCAAACCACAAAAAAUAGCUAAGCCAAGGAAUUGAAAUAUUACAAACAAUCCAAAAAAACUUAACAGAUACAAUUUGAUUUUGAAGUCCUCACAAUGUCCAUACUUUCAUCUCAACAAAGUUUCUUAACAAAUUCUCUCUCACCAACCUACAAACCCAGAACAAAGACUCUCUCUGCUUCUGUUAAAUUUCUCUCAUGCAAAUUCCAGCAAGACGACCAGAAAAAUUCUGCCAGGAAGAAUGAUAACCAAAUUGCAAAGCUGGCUAUUGUUACACUUGCAGCUGGGGUCCUGACAGUGGGGUCAGUUGGUGAUGCUUUGGCUGCCAAGACUGGUGGUAGAGUUGGUGGCCAGGCUUUCCGAUCGGCGCCCCAAUCAUCCCCUAGAGCUAAUAGCAAUUCAAGGACAAACAUCUAUAUCAAUCCCCCAGUGGCCCCUCCGUUGGUUGGUGGAUAUGGCUAUGGUUAUGGCGUACCAUACUACAGUGGUUGGGGGUGGUCGCCGUUUUCCUUCUUUGCGCCCGGUCCAAGUGUUGCAGUUGGCAUAGGUGGUGGAUUUGAUCUCCUGGUUCUAUUCAUGUUUAUUGGGGCUGCUACAGCUGUUGUGAGAAAAUUCUUUGGAUCGAAAGAUGAAGACGAGAACUAAUAUCGACACAUUAAACUUUUUGUACUUUGACAUAGAUGGUUCCUUAGCUAUAAGACAUUUCCAGUAGCAAUACAUAGUUCGAAAUAUCAGUAUGAGCCGUUGUAACCCACCAUCAUGUAUUAUGAUUCUGUUAAUGAAAAGAAACAAUCUUGUUGCAAA